GGAAAAUUCGGGAUCCCGUCCGCUCUCCCAUAGACAAGCCAAUGAGGGCCGGAUUAGUAGUUGGGUCGGUGACGACCAGCGAAUACCUGGUGUUGUAUGUUUUUGGUGUUUUAACCAUCGUUAGGACUGCCCAGCAAAGGCUUACGAUCCAAGAUAACCACAUUCAAGCUUCGAACAACAAGUCGCACAUCUCAAAGUCGGAUGUCACAUGAACGAGCAUAACAUUGUCGGUAUGGGUUUUUCUAAAGGAAAAUAGAAGUCGUCAGUGGAGAGUGCUUACAUGUGUUUUUGAGUCUCCACUUACACUGUUUUUUGCGAACAACCAGACCGGCCUUGGCAGACGUAGUAAUUCAGCGCCAGGCAAUUGUUUCUUAGGCUCAACGGUGC